CUCGGUUUCGUUUACCUUCAUUCAAUUCACAGCCUUUCCACCAGCAGCUAUUCACUACCACUAAGUGGCACUCUGCUUCAGAUAAGCAUCCACGGCUCCUCCCACAAAUGGCGAAUCCAUCUCGGGGCACGGUUUGGCCGCUACUUACAAAGAUCAAAUUAAAGACAAAUUUAUUCUAGUGACUGAUGGUACGUCUCAAAAUAGCCUUGGAGAAGAAGUCUGUCCAGCAAUUGCCGAAUUUGAGUCCAAGCCUUCUGAUUCUCGCGGGCCGCAAUGCUAAAAAGCUCGAAUUCACGACAAAUGCCAUUGCAAAGGUCAACCCCCAGGCAGCUACCAAAACUCUUAAUCUAAAUCUUCAAUGUCCAUUAGCGGACAAGGAAGCAGCCAAUAUUGUUCAUUCUCAGGAUGGCGUGCCACACAUUGACGUCUUCUGCCACAACGCAGCCAUCAUGGGUCCUGCAUACGGAAAUAUAAUGGACUGAUUCGAGAGGCAGCUGGACCUUGCAGACCACACCGGAGCGUAUCUUUCGGACUGCCAGGUUGCGAAUCCUUAUGUGCACCCCAUUAGACCUUGGGCAUGUAGUAAAGUCAAAGCUACGAAGCUGUGGAAGUAGACAUAGCAUUUUGCCAAUGCGAAAUUCUCAUUCUAUAUUAUGUAGGGUCAAUUGCAUUACAAACUUAGAAUUGAGCAUAUCUCCUCU